AUGUCAAUCUCUAUAUUGUCAGUUCGUUUGCAAAUAGUCUCAAUACCAAAGAAUGUCUUCCGCGCUAGUAGCACACAUGCAAUCCUACGAAACAUCUUUUUCCCGACAAAGGACCAAACACUCUUCUCUAUUACCGAGACAGCGCUUGAAGUGUCCGUUAUCGCUGACGUCGAUUCUAUCCAAAGAGACUUCAUUCCACUUAAGUCUAUUAGACCUGACGUAGAAAUCACUAAGAACGUGUUUAAAGCCUUGAUUUUGGAAAAUGAUGAUGACAAUUCCGGUAGGCGUAUCAAUGAUUUAUCGGCAUUGCUAAGUCGAGUCGGGGUUUCUAUUUUUUAUUUGUCAACUUAUCAAGAAGAUUUUGUGCUUGUAAAAGAGAAACGAAUUCCUCUUGUAAUUUCGACUCUCCAACCAUUAUUUAAUUUCAUGGAUAUUGAGACUCCGGAAAAUCUCACUAUUCAAAAAUCAGUCUCGGAAAACCAGCAACAAAUAGCUAUAACAACACCACCGGCUGAAGAAGAGGAAGAAUUUUGUUUUCCUGUAGGAUCUGAGCCGAUCAAUAUUUGCGAUUAUCUCAAGCCACAUACUUCAACUCCUCUGAGUCAUGCUUCUAAAGAUUCGAUUCUAAGUACGAGUCCGGUUUUUUUCACGUCCAAUUUCGCCGAGAAAUAUCCAAUAACUAAAUUUGAGAAUGAAGAGGAGACGAUGGCUGAGAUUCGCAAGCAAUGUCCUAAACGUGUUACAGGACAUCGAUUACGAUUAGUUGGAUUAAAUCGGGAGUUUAUGGAGCAUAUGAGUAUUAUUCUCAUAAAGAUUUUAUUUUUUCCUGAACUCCUUGAAAAGCCUGGUGAUUCCAAUAACGAAAGUGCAUUAUCAGCUCAAUCUCGGUUCCUUUCAUACACUGCAACUGCGGACGGUAUUUCACUAGUGACCGAUGAAUCGGUGCUUGACGAGUUUCCUGAGCACAUGUUAAACAUGAGUAGUGUUCCAAUACCACUUAGGUGCAUUCAAAUGGACUUAUCACGUACGGGAUCUUUGGAUAAAUACGGAAUCGUUUAUUCUAUAUCUAAUCCUUUGAUAUCGAGCGGUAUUAAUUUGUUGUAUUUGAGCACUUAUAAGACUGCCAACGUAUUGGUGCAAGAUAGUGACUUGGAGGAAUCACUUCGAAUCCUGGAUAACGUCGAUGCAGAAACUCAACUUGAAAGAGAAACUUACGAGGAACUUGAAUAG